AUGGUGACGAAAGACCACAUGAAAAAUUUUAGCAAGGAAUAUCGACAGUUUCUGGCAGAGAUAGGACCGGAAGCCUCCAAGAGACCUCUGCUGACCCAUCGAAAUGCGAGCACGACAGGUUGGAAAAGAGUCGGUAGGGUGUCUAGAGACAAUACCAAAGCGAGAGAAUCGAUACUCGAGGAGGACUUGGCGAAGAACGUGAGCUUGAGCCUGCACAAUUCUUUUUGCUUGAACAGGGAAUCGAAAGUGAAAGGUUUACCAAAUCAGGCAAAGAAGUUGCAAGAGCAGAGGGAGUGGAUGCGAUCCUUCAAACAAUUAAAAGCAUGGGAAGAGAUCGUAAUCAGCUCCGAUGAUGAGGAAGAGCUGCUAAGGCAGAUCACGAUGUCAAACUCAUCAGGGCCUAGCAUCUCGAAGAAGCUAAGUAAUGGAACUGCUUUAGGAAUCUUGAUUGGUCUUCUGUGUCUGCUAAUUGUAACUUUUAUCAUCAUCUUAUGCGCGUGUGUCAUUUGCAACAGGAAGAAGAAGAAAAAACCGCCUCGCUAUGAUGAAGAAAAAGCGGCUCUCAAACUUCAUACUGGAGGUUAUCAUACUGGAGGUUCUCAAUACACAAACAGUCUAAACAAGGAACAGAAUCCGGACUCAACUUACAAUUUGGAGAGCAAAGCAGUUGUUCCGGAUGAAUCAAUUGACGACAAACGAACUCUAGACAGAUCGGUAUCUAAGAAGUCACUAUCAACUGCAAGAACAGGAAUCGGACCGAGCGAACUCGACAAGACUGAGUUCAGAGAUGAGACUUUGGAUUCUAAGAAGAAAGGUCUCGCACAAGAACCCGGAGAGGAAGUUAAAAAUGAACCAAAGAAGGAAACAGCAAAGAACUAUCAAAAUGAGCAGCAACAGGGUGGUCGGCAGGCACAACAGCGGAGUGCUCAACAAGAGCAACAACCGGUUAAAGAAGUAGAAAACAAGGGUGCUGAUAAUCAAGGCCGGUCUGAAGACGUUAGGAAGCACUCUGGGGCUGGCACUGAGGCUGCCUUAGCAGCUACCGCAGCAGGCGCCGGGGUUGCAACAGCAGCUGCAGGCGUCGCUGCGAGGAGGGCUUCAGACAAGAAUGACAAAGAUGAAUACGGGUCAUUUGAGUCUGCGAAGUCAGAAGCAGCAUCCAAGAAGGACCAGAAAGGCAAAGAAGAGGCGAAGAAGGAAUCUGAUGCCAAUAAAGACUCAGGUGCUAAGAAAGAAUCAGCCAAAGAACAGAAAAAAGAUACCACCAAAGAUGAAAAGAAAGAGACAGUUAAGGAUCAGAAAAAGGAUUUGGCUACAAAAGACCAGAAGAAAGAAACAGUGACUGAGCAAAAGAAAGAGACAGCUAAAGAACCGAAGAAAGAAUUGACGAAAGAAACAAAAGAUGAGACUGCAAAAGUGCCUGCAAAAGAACAAAAGAAAGAGACUGUUAAAGAAGACAAAAAAGAAACUGUAAAGCAGGAAAAGCAAGCUCCCGAAGAACCGAGGAAGGAUACUGUCCAAGAUAAUAAGGAAGCGUCCAAGGAUAUACAGAAAGAGGUGGCUCCGGUGGCAGCAGAAGAAGCUGCGAGAAAGGGAACCCAGAAGACAGUCCAGGAAACCAAGAAGUCAAACGAAAAGAAAGAUUCAGCAAAAGAUAAACCAGAAGCAGCAAAAGAGCAGAAAGUUGAAGAUAAGAAAGAUCAGAAAGCUGUUCCUGCGAAAGAGCAGAAAGUUGAGAAGAAAGAUCAGAAAGCUGUUCCUGCGAAAGAGCAGAAAGUUGAGGAAAAGAAAGAUCAGAAAGCUGUUCCUGUGAAAGAGCAGAAAAUUGAGGAAAAGAAAGAUCAGAAAGCUGUUCCUGCGAAAGAGCAGAAAAAAGAAUCAGCGAAAGAACCGAGAAAAGAGCCUAAGAAAGAGUCUGCCAGAGAACAGAAAACUGAAACAGUGAAAGAGCAGAAAGUACCAAAAGAGUCUGCUCAAGAAGCGCCUGCUGAGAAUAAAAAGGAAAAAGAUGCUGAAAAGAAAGAUAAAGAUGCUGAGAAGAAAGAAAAAGAUGCCGAGAAAAAGGAAUCAGCUAAAGAGCAAAAGAUGGAAGCGGACCCGCAGCAGGAUGAAAAAAGACUUUCAGCUCGCGAGGAUACUACUAGAGGCGGCUCUGGAAGCAAGCAAUCGAUGCAAUCCGGAGUGUCAUCUGGAUAUGUUGCGGGUCCAGUGGGGACUGAACGAUCGUCUCUGGCUGUAUCUGAAAUGUCGCUGUCAAAAGAACGAAGAGCUACGGGUCAGUCCAGUCAAAACAAGGCCAGUCUAGGCUCCAAUUACAGCGAUGAAUUAAGAGAAGACAGUGAUAGUAAAUGAUGUCAUUUAAUUUUGAGAGAAAGAAGAUUAUUAGUUGAGUUAAUUGAGUUGAAGUCUUACCAAUGUGGUUUCAAUAGCAAUCUUGACUUUGAGUUGUAAUCAUGUAUUGGAGUUCCAAUACGCUAACUACUGUUGAACAUUAUUAAUAGAGCUCACCUAUUAAAAUUCUCACUAAGCUAUAAUGAUUUGGAUUAUUAUGCCGUUAUUUAUUUAGAGUAAAUUGUCAAGUAAAAGAAAGCAAAUCGGAGAAAAAUCGCAAUGCAGUUAAUCGGUUGAUAAAUGAAGCUUAUGAAGAAUUCAAAUAUGUUCAAGUGAAACUUUUA